CCUACCACAAAAACAAACCGUUUUAUUUCUGUUCCCGCGUUUUUUUCAUCAUCCCCCCAAACCUCACGAUUUCUCUCUCUGAAUCUUUGUCUCAGAGGAGGAGUUUUGACCUAAUUAUUAGGUAAUGGUUGGGAAACAGAAAGCUUAUGAUGAUGCAUUGGGAUGGAUUAGGUGAAGAAGACGAAUUUUUCGAAUCAACUAAUCGAUUCUCAUCUGCGGUUUCAAUCAAUCUAGCAGCUCAUUCCUCGGAUUCCGAUGACAAUUUUGAUGAUAGUCGAAUCUCCUUUGCAUCUGCAGUUUCUGGUCCUCAUGAAGAAUAUCGAAGUUAUGCUGCUUUGGCGUUGGCUGCGUCAACUUCCAUGCCUGAUGAUUAUGACAUUUGGAUGGCUGAACCAGGUUCUAUUAAAGAACGGCGCAAACGACUUCUGCAAGGUAUGGGUCUUGCAAGCGAUAAAAACUUUCUCAGGCUUGCUAGUGCUGAACUCAAAAAAGCUGCUUCGAAACGAGUAGUUGUCAUUUCAGCUUCAGAAAAUUUGAAAAAGAAAGCAGGAAAUGUAACCCCUGGUGUACUUGUUAGAUCGAGAUCAGAAGGAUUAAUUGAAACAUCAUUUGACGCUUCUAUACAGAGAAAGGAUUAUUUUCUUGGUAAUGAUUUCUCACCACGUUAUUUAAUGCGAUCAUCUUCUGCUCCGUCUUCUUUAUGCGAUAGAAAUGCACGUAUUCAUACUAAAUCAGUUAAAGGGAAUCGAAGGAUAGCUGGUAUUGGGUCAUUGAGUAGAAUUGGAAAUCGUUUUCUAUCAUUCAAGAAGAAGAAAAAAGGUGGCUCAUUUUUUCUGAUAAAGAAUUUGGAUACUGGUAAAGAAUUUAUUGUUAAUGAGUUCGAUGAAGAUGGAAUGUGGAAUAGGCUUAGAGAUCUUCAAACAGGUAAGCAACUUACAAUGGAGGAAUUCGAAAAGAGUGUCGGAUAUUCGCCUAUUGUUAAGGAACUAAUGCGUAGAGAAAAUGUUAGGAUUUCUGACGUUGGUGGUCGAAGUAUCAUUGAUAGGAAACUCAGUUUAAAUGUUUCUCUUAGUAAGAGUUUCAGAUUUAGCAAGAAAAGGGGAGCUGCCUUGUUGAAGAACUUGAAAGAUGUUGCGCAUUCAUUUAACGGAUUAUCCCAGAGAUAUCAAGAGACUCCGUCCUUGGUCUAUCAAAAGUCAAGAAAGAGUUCUGAAGCUACAGGAUGGACAAAAGUUCGUCAAAAUGGGAAAUCUCACAAGGAACUUACUGGCCUUUACAUGUGCCAGGAAUUUCAGGCUCAUGAGGGAUCAAUUUGGACUAUCAAAUUCAGUUUUGAUGGUCGAUAUCUAGCUAGUGCAGGAGAAGACCGGAUAAUUCACAUUUGGGAAGUUGUUGAAAUGGACUCGGCAUUAUUGAGACCAGUGGAAGAAGCAAAUUUUACCCCACUUCAUCCCAUGAUGAGCAGUUCCAGUUCCUAUGAUAACAGACCUCCUCUUGGGGAAGCUCCAGUGUUUGCGUCGGAGAGGAAGAGAAGAGGAAGGGUUCCGUCAGUUAGUAGAAAAAGCAGUUCUAUCUCUGACCGUGUUGUCUUGCCAGAGAUGGUUUUCUCGCUCUCGGAAAAACCGGUCUGUUCGUUUCAAGGUCAUCUAGAUGAUGUUUUGGACAUCUCCUGGUCUAAAUCUCAGCAACUAUUAUCGUCUUCAAUGGACAAAACUGUUAGGCUAUGGGACAUGGAGACAAAGAGCUGCUUAAAGUUAUUUGCUCACAAUGAUUAUGUAACAUGUAUACAGUUCAACCCAAACGAUGAUAGAUACUUCAUUAGUGGCUCACUUGAUGCAAAAGUUCGAAUUUGGAGUAUACCAGACAGGCAAGUUGUGGACUGGACUGAUCUUCCUGAAAUGGUUACUGCUGCUUGCUACACCCCUGAUGGACAGGAUGCGUUGAUUGGCACACAUAAAGGGACUUGUCGUUUGUACAGCACAACUGAUUGUAAGCUACAAGAAAAGGCCCGCAUAGAUGUUCAAAACAAAAAGAAAACCCACAAAAAGGUUACUGGCUUUCAGUUUGUCCCAGGGAAUACAUCUGAGGUGUUGAUUACCUCCGCUGACUCUCGCAUAAGGAUUUUUGAUGGCUCUGAUGUCAUUCAUAAGUUUAGAGGAUUCAGAAACACCAGUAGCCAAAUAUCAGCAUCUUUUACACCAGACGGAAAAUAUGUUGUAUGUGCAAGUGAAGAUUCUCAGGUUUAUGUAUGGAAACGUGAUGAGGUUGGAAAAAACAAAGGUCUAAUCACAACAAGAUCACAUGAACAUUUCCAAUGUAAAGACGUAUCAGUUGCAAUCCCAUGGCCUGGUAGUAUAAAGUACGAACCACCACUUUUGGUACAUUCAAAGAGACAUUCGAAACGUUCAAUUUCGCAGCCACCAGCAUACCCUGGAAUGAGUUAUGCCUUAGAUGAUUCCUUCACGAGCAACAGCAGCAGUAUGAGGAAUCUCCCACCACUCCCAAGGAAGACUGGCCUAUCCGAAAAGACACUAGAAGAGGAGCUAGCUAAUGCAUCCUGUUCCGACUCGGGUAUCAAUAAUAGAGGCUCAUUCUCUUCAAUUUCAGGUCAAUCUCCUAGUAGAGGUUCAUUUUCUUCAAUUUCAGGCAGCUCUUCUAAUUCCAAUAAGUAUGGAGAUUCACCUUCUAUCUUGGUUUCAAACAAUUCUUCCCAAUCUUUAUCUUGGAGGUGGCUUGAUGCUCUCAAUAGCAGUAGUACUCAAAGUGUCCAUGCAACGGCAUGGGGUAUGGUGAUUGUGACAGCAAGCUUGGGAGGUGAAAUAAGAGCAUAUCAAAAUCUAGGGCUUCCACUUCGACUUAGUCGUCAAACAAAUCUUUUUAGGGAGCAGGCUUAGAAGUCCAGAUGAGGGUUUUAUAUUCAACUCAGGGUUCUCACUUCCCAGUGUUUGUCUUAACAUUGGAAAUGCAAUUUCAAAGCAUAUAUAUAGUCAAAUUUCCAAAACAAUGGUGUUACUUUCAUAGAGUUCGACAUUUACAUCUUAAUUUUGUUGUUUUUAUAAUUUUCCAACAACAAUGAUUGAGGAAGGUUUGGCGUUGGCUCAUAGUAAGGACCAAAA